CGAGAGGUGAAUCGGUAGCGACUUGAUUGUGAUUCCCUUCUUCCGCUGCUAGAGCAAGGCGGGGACCAGACCCUCGCUGCCUUUGCCUACUCAGAAUCCCCUCCUUUUUGGCACUAGAGAUGGAGGCCCGAUUUCCGAUCUAUAAGAGGGCAACUUCUAUUUCCUCCCUCUCCGCAAGCGUACUAUGCCCUGUUUAUUUGUUUCAUUUACCCAUUCUACACUUCAUGCAUUCAGGUUCCCUUUAUUACCCAAUCAAAACGAUUCCCAGCAAAACCCCCAAUUAGAAGGUCGUGAGUGAAGGUACGAACCCCCAGACUCUCGCAUCCACUUCUUUGCGCUAGUCUUGUGUGGGUUGAACUUGAAACCAUAGAAUCCACAAUCAAGAACCUCUUAAUCCAUUGUCUAGAUCUCUCAAUGUCGUUUCAGGUAGAAAAAAUUCAUAUGUAAUUGAUUUAGGCUUUGUUAUACUGGGAUUCGAGAAAUCAGGAAGGUGCUCAUGAGGCGGGAGUUUUGCAGUGGGGAAUCGGAAGAACAGGGUCGAAAAGCUUAUAAGGACCAUUGCUAGUGGGUGGUGGUGGUAAGUGAUGGAAGGGAUCUCGACAUGUGCAUAGAUGGAGGUUUCGGGAGGCAAAGGGAUAGCUACCACGAUGAUUAUGAAGGUAACGACAAAUGAGGAUCUAGUUCCUUCCCUGUAAUUUUAUGGGGUUGCUUUUAUUUGGUGUGUUCUAAUUCCUAGCUUUUUCUAGGAGCGAGUAUGAUAAAUGAAAUACAAGGAGAGAUCAUGGAGUUAUGGGGACAACUUGCCUUUGUCUUCCCACUAACGGGUUGUCUUUGUCUUCCCACUACCUGGUUGUUCUUUAUUUUGUAACUUGUGUGACUCUUGUCUUUUUGGAACAUGGUUACUUAGUUUUGUCUUUUGAGGAAGGAGAGCAUACAUGGUACUAACUUUAUUUUAUCUUAAAUUUUUUACAGAAGCCAAGAAACAAGGAGAACAUUGGCGCAUAAGAAUUCACUUUCGUGUGGAACUAUUAAUCACUUUCUUAUUGUACAUUAUGUUUCAUAUGUUAUACUUUGUGCCAAAGUAUCUGUUGCUGUGCUCCCUCCAGUUUCUUGGCUUAUGUGAUAUCUACAUUUUAGCUUUCCAUUUGUCUUGCCAUGAUUGAAUUUUAUUGGCAUAGGAAAGAACAUUCAGAACCUGAAACUGAGAUCAAGGUUUACAUUUUGACCUGAAUUUUCCUGGCAUAGGAUAGCGUUUUCCGAAGUGUGAAAACCAGGAGCUUCAUUACUGAGUAUCUUCACUGUGAAGCCUGGCGAUGCAAUCUAUUUGGAUAGAAGCAAAGGUAGAGGGGAAGCCUGUACGGUCGUGAGAUUGUUCAGAAGGUCCCGAAGAAAAAGGUGAAGUAUGGACCGAAAGAGAAUCCAAGAUCCAAAAGGGAGUUAAUUAGAAUGUUUUGUGUCAUGGUGAACAUCUUAGAAUGUUUGGUUAUGUUGAACAAGGAGUUAGACUGCUAUGGAAAUGUUUGUAAAUUUUUGGAUCUUUGGUAAUCUUUCCAUUAUCAUGUUGCAAUGCAGGAAACUAUUUCAAACUAUAAAUUUUUGAAGAAGGUCAAAUGUGACAAAAAUGUCAUGUUGUCACAUUACGUAUUGCAUGACAAAUUGUUCUCUUGUCAUAUUAGACAUGAAACAAAUAACCCACCUUUCCUGACAACCUAUACUCGAAAAAAUAAUGUUGUCACAAUAUACAAUUAUGAAAAAAUAUAAUCGUGUAAUAUGACGAACAAUUCUCCCAAAAUCACAAGAUUAUGAAAACCGUAAUGACAAAAUAUGUCGUCAUAACAUCUCUGUUUGUCAUAAUAGACUACCCAAAACCUCAGCUAUACUAAAAGCAAAUGUGACAACCUUGUUUUAAAUUUUUGUCGCAUAUGACCUAUCCCGACGGCGAUGAAAUGACAAACCUUUGUGACAGCACGGGUUGUCAUAUUAUAGCUAAUAUGAUAAAAUGAGUAUUUACUAUGACAAAAUUGUCUCGUCAUAGUAUGCCGAAUUUUUUGUAGUGAUUGUAUUUGUAUACUGUGUGUCAACAAGAGGUGUGACUAAAAUUUUAUAUGUUUAUUUCCAACAUUCAUAGUCUUAGAUUUAAGUGUUAUAGUCAUAUCGUUCACUUCACCUAUGAGAGCACCAGAUGCGACGAAAUUGAGAACUACUUCAAUGACAUGCUCUACAAUAGUUUACCAGAAACUUCCUCAUCCACACAUUCUAAUCGACCUAUCAAAUGGUUUGAUUGGUGAGCUGUGUUAGAAGUUAUAGAAUUAAAAAGGUAAUUAACUGAUAGGGUUAUUAGGUGGCUAGUAUAUAUAUGUUGAUUUAGCCGUCCUUGUGAUAUAAGUUGUACCAAAAAUAAUAUGAAAACUCUCUGCCUUGUGUCGUGGACGAGUCUCAACAUUCUACGUUGAGGAAACCACGUAAAUCUGGUGUUCACGUUGUGAUUGUGAUCUCGUUUAUUGAUAUGGUAUCAGAGCCUCUCAAUCUAUGACUUCGAGAUUUGCGUUUGUGGUGUUGCAGCUAUCGUGCAGAUUUCUUUUUGUUCGUGUGAGGGUUCUGUGCGGCGCUGAGUUUAUUGAUCUGGGAUUUCUUUGUUUCGUGUGAUUCCGUGGGUUCCUGGCAUUGCUGGUUGUUCUGUGCGGUGUUGUGUGCUUGGGAUUUCUUGUCUUUGUAUGCAUCAAUUGGGAUUUUUGCGCUAGCAAAGUUUUGUCCGCUCCCUGCUUGAAAUUUCUUGUCUUUGUGUGUGCCAAGAAAGUUUUGUCCGCCAGCUGUGUCCUUUGCUUUGCGUUUGGUUUUCUUUUUUUACUUUCGCUACUGCUCGUGUUCUUUGCUUGGUUCUGUGAUCAUGGGGGGUUCGAAAGGGGAUGCUAUUUAUGUCCGGUUCAAUGGUAAGAACUUUUCUCAUUGGGAAUUUCAAUUCCGCAUUUUUUUUCAAGGACGUUGAUUGCUUGGUAUUUUGGAUGGCACGACUCUGGAAUCUGCAGCGGAUGCUUCGGCCAAGGCUAAGGAGUAUUGUGAGGUGAACAACUCUUCUAUUAUGACCUAGCUUAUUGGUUCCAUGGAUCUGGGCAUCUCGCUGAGCUUGUGGGGGCUCUCUACGGCAUCGGGGGCGUGGCAACAUUUGACUUCUCUAUAUUCGAAGGCUAGCGCCUCGAGGGAAUUAGAUUUUGAUCUGGAUCUCGCUAACCUGAAGCAGGGAGAUCGUGAUUUGAGCACUUAUUAUCAGGAUGCUAUGACUCUCUGGACUGAGCAUGAUCUUUUAACGAGUUCCUUGGUGUCUGCGACUGCUUCCACUGAGGUUCUUCGCGAGUGUACUGCUUUCCGGGUCAUGCGCUUUCUCAUAAAUCUUCGGGCUGAGUUCGAGGGUGUUUGUGUUUCUCUCCUGCACAGUAUUGUGGAUACUAUGGAGGAGGUUCUCCCUGCUCUUCUUCGUGAAGAGACCUGCUUAUGCAGUCAAUCCAAGCUAGAUAUUCAUGCUCAUGAGAAUGCUAAUGCAUUUGCGGUUCAUGGUAGUAAGCCUAAGUUUCAUCGUACUUCCAAGGGUGAGAUCAUUUGCCACUACUGCAAGGAACCUGGUCAGAUUCAAUUUCACUGCUAGAAGCGCAAUUCUUGCAAUUAUUGUAAUCGAUUCACUACUAUCGAUUGAAGAAGCUCUAACAACUUAAUCAGAUUCUAUCUAUCUCAGGUUGCAGCAGAAAUCAAUAAAGGAUGAUCAGGCUU